AUCAAAUCUGCGCUGUUCUUAAAAUCAUUUUCGGCGGCGUAAAUUUAUUUCUUAAUCAAUUUCUUUUGUCUUCUAUGAUACGUAGACAUGCCAUUUUAUUAGAAAUCUAGUGUUCGUUAUUUUGGAGUAGUUUUUAGUGCAUGUGAUUUGUUUAUAGGACUCGAAGUUACGUCUUACCAUGACAUAAGUAAUCGUAAUAUUUUAAAACCUUUAGGUUUAAACAAUUAUUGAACAAAAAUGGUGUUUGAAUCGAUAGUUGUUGAUGUUCUUAAUAGAUUUCUAGGGGACUACGUGGAGAAUUUGAACAGGUCUCAGUUAAAGUUAGGAAUAUGGGGCGGCGACGUAGUGCUAGAAAACUUAAUAUUAAAACAAAAUGCCUUGGAAGAACUCAACAUCCCUGUUCAGACAGUUUAUGGCCACCUAGGAAAGCUCGUCCUUAAAAUACCAUGGAAGAAUCUAUAUGGUGCUUCAGUAGAAGCAACAAUCGAACGACUUUUCUUGAUUGUAAAUCCAUCUGCUGAAGUUAAAUAUGACCCGGAGAAGGAAGAAAAGAUGGCGCUAGCGUCGAAACAAGCGGAGCUUGCCAGAGUUGAAGAAGCCAAGAAGAAAGAAGCACAAAAAGAUCAGAACAAACUGGAUGAGACCUUCGUCGAGAAGUUAGUGACACAGAUAAUUAAGAAUGUGCAGUUAAAAAUAACUGACAUCCAUAUAAGGUAUGAGGACAGUAUAACGAAUCCAAAAGCCCCAUUCUCCUUUGGGAUCACAUUACACAACCUGUCUGUACACACCACCGAUGAGAACUGGAAACAAGCAGUUAUUCAAGAAGCUGUCACCAAAAUUUUUAAGAUAUUGGAUUUGGAAGGAUUAGCGAUUUAUUGGAAUCCAGCGACAGAGCUGUAUUCAAAGUCUGAAGCUCAGGACAUCAAGACUAGGCUUCAGAAUGAGAUCGCUACAAAAUCAUCGCAACCGUCUUCUUAUAAAUAUGCAUUGGGUCCAAUUAAUGCCACUGCCAAGUUAAAACUGAAUCCCAAGCCGGAGGGCGACACACCUAAAUUCAGUAUACCUAAAGUAAUACUCAGUCUGCACAUGGAGCAGCUGUCUGUCAGCCUCACUAAGGCCCAGUACCAGGAUAUGAUGCUGCUCGCUGAUUCCAUGGACAGGAUGAGCAAAGGAGCCCCCUACAGGAAAUACCGUCCAGACGUAAAGACAUACAAGAAUCAUUACAAACAAUGGUGGCAUUUUGCAUACACUUGUAUAUUAGAAGACGAAGUUAGACGUCGUCGUAAGAAUUGGGAUUGGACGCACAUGCUGAGCCAUCGUCAGCUGUGCAAGGACUAUGCUAGCGCGUACCAAUGCAAGCUCACUAAUAAAGGGAAAGUUACCACCGAUCAGAAUAAUACCAUCUGCCAAGCUGAGAAGUCAUUAGAUCUUCUUAAUUUAGUAGUCAUCAGACAGAGGAUAGAAAUGGAGGUGGAAAGAUUGGGUAAAAUGGAAGAAGAAGCCCGUAAGUCUCGAGGCUGGUUCGGAGGCUGGUGGUCUAGAGGCAGUUCCAAGGAUGAAGAACUUACAGAAGGCACUGCUAUAAUGAAACAGUUCGAGAAGGCCAUGACGGUGGAGGAGAAGGAGAAGCUGUUCCGUGCGAUCGACUACCAGGAGAACAGCGCGCCGCUACACCUGCCCGUGGAGUACGUGGCGGUAGAAGGUCACUUCCGGCUGGACCGGCUGCAACUCGCCGUCACAGAUCAGGCGGAGGUGCUGCGCGCGCGGGUCGAUACCGUACAGCUCGAUAUGAACCAACGCCCCAGCGCCAAUGCACUCAGGGUUGACGUUCAAAUGAAAUCGUUCACGGUGUCUGGCGUGCAGCAAGGCGAUAUUGUGCCUCAAAUGGUCACGUCCAAAGAAGUUACGCAAGACGCCAACUUGUUGAAUGUUGUGUUCGAAACAAAUCCAUUAGACGGCAAGUGUGACCAACGGGUACAGGUCCUGGCGCGGCCGCUUCAAAUUGUGUAUGACGCGCAGACUGUCAUCGAGAUUGUCAACGUCUUCAAACCACCCACCGAAUCCACCGCUUUGACCACUUUACAAGCUGCAGCGGGUAAUAAAUUGUCAGAUUUAAAAGAAAAAUCCGCACUGGGAAUGCAGUAUGCAGUGCAUCAUCAUACAUUCAUCGAUUUGGAUAUAGACAUCGCCGCCUCAUACAUUAUUGUGCCCCAGACUGGUAUAUACAGAGGUAACGAAGCAUGCGUGGUGGUGAAGCUGGGUGCGAUCAGUGUGAAGUCUGCGCCGCGACCGGAGACGCUCGACGUGCACAAGCUGCAUCGGGAGGGGCUGGCAGAUGAGGAUAUCCUGCGCGAGAUCACAGCGCGUAGCUACGACAAGAUGGCGCUGCAGCUUACUGAGAUGCAGAUCGUCAUAGCGUCAGCACAAGAGGAGUGGCAGACGGCUAUAGGAUCUGAGGUAGGGACGCCGCUGCAUCUACUGCAGCCCACAAACCUCACCAUACAGAUACACAAGUGCCUCAUCACCGACGACCCACGUAUGCCCAAGAUCAAGGUCCGCGGCGAACUGGAGAAGAUUGCAAUCUCAGUCUCAGAGGAUAGGUUGCUAACACUAUGCGAAAUAUUAGUGAGCAUGCCUUUACCACAAUCCGAAGAGACGACACAACUAAAGAUAUUUUGCUACAAAUUUGCGUAUACUGUGAGUGGUCAAGUGCUUGAAUACCCGCUCUUUGGUGAGCCUCGCACCGACGGCAUUGCGGCCAGCGAUUCGAAGGCGUCGAGUCUAUCAUUGCUCAAGUAUUUGGACCCUGCAGAGAAACAGAGAAGGGACACAGCGCGCUCAAAGCAAAGGAAAACUGAUGAACAAUCCGUCCAGCUGACAGAAGUGGAGGCAUUCUUUAUUAUGAAAGAACUAAUUCUUAGCGUGAAUCGAAAGAUAUCAGCACAAUCUCGAGGUUACGACAAAUUCUUAGUGUUCUCACUGCAAUUGCUAGAAUUAACAGCAACCCAGAAGACGUUCACAUUAGAGGCGACUGUGAGACUGGGCGCGGUCAACAUGCAGCAUCACAGAACUGGACAUCGUAUUAUCAAUAUGAUAGAAACACCAGAAGUACCGGAUAUUGACGUCACGGAUACAGCCGUGACAACCAGUCAGUAUUUGUUCGCGGUCACGUAUCGUAAUGUUGACAAGAAAUGUCCAGAAUUCAGAAGUCAUUAUGGAUCUAUCGAGCAACUUAUUGAAUUAGAUUUCACCACACUCAAACUCUUGUUACAUCUGCAAGGGCUGCAAGAGAUACUCAUCAUUGCCAAUGAAUAUCAGACUCGUUUACAAAACAUCCAAAGCAAAGUCGACAGAUACGCUAAUGCAGGUCCAUUGGAAACUAUUAUGGAAGAUGAAGAAUUUUCUGUGGCCAAAUCAAAAGCGAGUGUAUCAAAGCCCGCGCGUCGUAAGCAGAUUGAGAGCAUCCAGCUGAAGGUGAACGUGAAGAUCGGAGCAGUGGAAAUUGGAUUCGCAACAGAGCGCCGGCCACUUGCCGUGCUGCGUCUGCAGGGUGCCGGUGCCGGCCUCGUGCUGAAACCCUCCUACACACAACUUGACUGCGCCAUCGCAUCCAUUAAAGUAGAGGACCUCAACCCCGAGACUAUACAUAGAGAGAUUCUAAAAGUGCUCGGCGGCGACGUUAUCAAUGUACAAAUAGUGAUGUACAAUUUGGAGCAGUAUCCGAGCGUCAGCGAUGUUAACAUGUCGAUAGACGCGCAGAUCAACUGCUUGCGUAUCGUCUUCCUAAAUUGGUUCGUCACAUCGAUGCUGGAGUUCCUGAACAACUUCCAAACGGCACAGCAAGCGAUCAUUGAAGCGUCGUCGCAGGCGGCGGACGCGGCGCGUGCCAAUGUGCAGAACGCGUACCAGAACCUGACAAAGUUGUCGCUGAAGGUGCGCCUUGCUGCGCCCAUCAUCCUCGUACCGGAGAACUCCACCAGCCGACACGCCGUGCUUGUCGACCUUGGACGAAUGACUCUUAAUAACCAGUUCGUUGAUCUGCCUGUCGCUGACGUAAGUAACAAGGUGACAGUGGACGAGCUGAUGCUGGAGCUGGAGGAUAUGAAGCUGUCGUGCGUGGAGCUGCGCGCGGAGCAGCUGGACGUGCUGCACGAGCGCAAGUUGCUACGUCCCACCAGCUUCAAGCUGUUUGUGAAGCGCAGCCUGUCGCAGUGGUACGACACACUGCCAGACCUAGACAUCUCCGGCAGGAUGAAUACCAUCGCGAUAACAGUAGGGCACAGCGACUACAAGAGUAUUAUGAAGAUCCUAAAUCAAAACCUUCAAGAGGGACAGACAAAGACUGAAGACACAAAAGCCGCACAGAGCAUACCCAAGGCUACAUCCAAGGCCGGAGUCAAGACUCAGAUCAGCAAAGUGCAAGUCAAAUCUGUGUCAACUCCUGUCACACCCACUGAGGACAAGAAACCCAGGACAACUAUUAAAUUUGCAUUCACUAUGGAUAGCUUCGUUAUUGAUCUUUUGAAUACUACUGUUUCUGUUGAGAAUCCAUCAAAGAGUCUGGAUGUGGAUCUAGCGCGGUUCUGCCUCGCGCUGCUGUCGGUCAAGGGGCGGAUGUUCUCGGACGGCUCUCUGCACACUUCGGUACUGCUGGUCGACUGCACGUUGGACGACACGCGCCCAGGAAGAGGGGCUAAGAUUACACGAUAUCUGGAAAGACGGCGUGAUAAUCAAGAAACAUUGUUAGAACGAACGCAGGAAUCGUCUACUAUUAUGGAGGCAAACGAUAAAAUACGCAGCAUGAUCGAUAUCACAUACACUAUGAAGAACUCGGACACAUUUAUCGACAUGAGAAUAUUCAGUUUCAAUCUGAUUCUGGCGAUGGACUUCCUGAACAAGAUCGCGGAGUUCAUGACGACGGGCCUGGCGGAGGACGCGCCUGACGCCGCAGACGUCAAGCUCAAGCCCAACGCUGACAAGUCCAUAGACAAUGCUGCCAGACGGAAGACGAUGACGAGCAGUGCGGUGGUAGAGCCUGCGCAGAAGCCGUCCAUGAUGACCGUCAAUGUAAAGAUCGAGCAGCCAGACAUCAUACUGGUGGAGUCACUCGAGCAGAAGCAGUGCGACGCUCUGGUCCUAAAUAUGGAGGGUCGCUUCAAGCUGCGACGAACGGUAGAGCGCAUGGUGGCGGAGGGCGGAGUGACGGGGCUGCAGCUGGUGCUGCGCCAGCUAGGCAGGGCCGGCGCGCCACGCACGCUACUUGCGCCUGCGCACGUCUCGCUCGCGCUCUCGCAGCCGCCUGGCAGCGGGCCGCACGUCGAUCUCGCCGUCUCCGAUAUAAAGCUUACAGUCUCGCCCGAUAUAAUUGGUCUAUUGAAUCGAGUAUUGGCCACGAUGACGAGCAGCGAGGAAGACAACGUGGAGGAGGACGACAAGGCCAUCAUAUACGACAACCUGUGGGCCAUACAACCAUUCCGACCUAACUCAUAUUGGUUUUUGAAAACUGAGGAGGCAGAGGAAGCGAUCAACUUGGAGUCACCCUCGGGGCUGGAGCAGGAGCGGCCUCCAGCGGGGGAGAUCUGUUUGCUGUCCAGCCCCUCCAUAGUUAUCUCACUGGAGAUGGACAUAGGCAACGAGACCAUACCAGUACUCGUCAUGCAGGCCUCGCUCACCGCGCAGCUCAGAGACUGGAGCUCUGAUCUGUACAUGGAGUCGACGUGGGCGAUGCAGGUGUCUUACUACAACAUCGGUCGCGCCGUGUGGGAGCCUCUCAUCGAGCCAGUCGAAGUACUCAAGGACUCGCAGUACAGGCACGUGCCUUGGGAACUCAAGAUGGAGGUUGUUAUGAAACCACAAGAAACGCACACAGUAAUCGACACGACGGACGAGGCGGCCAACCUGCAGGUGGUGGCGCAGCGGCAGGCCAACAAGACCAUCACCAUCUCCAGCAGCGAACCUCUCGAGAUCACCAUCACCAGGACCGGCAUGGAAGUGCUGACACAGCUAGGAAACUCGUUUGCCGCCGCAGUGGCCACCGAGGCCGACACCACCAUUCUCACCAAGGCUAAGGUUGACGAUAUCACCAAAAAGGAAUACUUGGGCGCCCCGUAUGUUCUACAUAACUGUAUCGGCCUCACAGCGAAGCUUUUACUACAGAAUAACAAAGAUUUCUCAGUUUUUCUCAUAGAUGAACACAAGUCUAGUGAUUAUAGAGAAGUUGUCCUAGAGCCGGGCGCAUGCGUUCCUUUGCAACUGAAACAUGGCGGUCUCAAUUUGAUGAAACUUAACGAACCGCCUCCGCCUCUUAAAUUAAACGUUAAGAUAGUGGAACUAGACGAAGAAAUAAUAAUCCCGGUGGAGCGUGCAGACAAACGGUACUUCACUUUGGGACGGCGACAUUCAGGGUCACGAGGCGCGACUGGUGGGGCGGGCACUACGGGCACGCUGGAGAAGCACGUCCCUCACGCCGCUGCUGUGGAGCCGCGCGGACUCAUAUCCGAUAUCAUGAUGCAAGACGCCGCGCUGCAUAUAUAUCUGCGUAGCAUCGUGCAGGUAAUAAACACGCUGUCAGUGAACGUGUCGGUGUACUACAUGACGCUGAGCGGCAACGAGGUGCGGCUGCUGGGCGAGGUGAAGCCGGCCGGCGUGCUGCGGCUGCCGCUGCAGGCCGUGCACACGCCCACCGCGGAACUCUUCUUCUCCGUUGAAGGUUUUACAGUGUCCGUAUCGCCAUUCAUUUGGCGCGAAUUGCAGAAUGAAGUGUCCAUAACAAAGCUGUUGCAGUGUGACUCAAAGGAUAAGACUAGUGGUGAAAAGUUUUAUCUAAAAGCGGUGGGCAGUAUGGAGCAAGUAUUCUUUGAGCACUCGAACCGGCACACGUUUGCGUCCUCGUGCUACGAGGUGGUGCUGAAGCCUGCGGUAAAGCUGCAGAACUGCCUGCCCGUCGACAUCGUAGUCUCGCAGCUCGGCCUCAAGCGUACACAAAUCUUCAAGCCCGGAGAGAUGUUCCAUCUGUCACAUCUCGCGCCAAAUAGAGCCUCCAUUGUUGUCAUGAUACAAAGCUACUUAGAUAAAUGCUGGGUAUGCACCAAGAAUCUGCCUGAUGAGGAGACGGAACUGUCCGUCUGGUCGUUCGAGUCUCACGACAGCCCGUCUGUGAUGACUUUAGACCUGGGUGUUCAUAGCAGCGAUACUGAGGGCACACAGGUCCUCUCCCUUUACUGCCCCUUCUGGAUGCUCAACAAGACCGGCUUCACGCUCUGCUACAGGAAAUCAAAGAAACCAGAAAAAGACUCCAGCUCACCCAACAAGAAUGCUGAUGAAAUGGGUAAUGUAAUCUUCCAUCCGAAAGACUACAAGGAACCGAUACUAUUUUCGUUCCGUGCUAAGAACUUCUUCGGCAAGAAGAAGGCAGCCAUUAGAGUGGAGUUCGGGGAGUGGUCGGACAAGUUCUCUCUAGACGUGCCCGGCAGCUCCGGUGUUGUUAUAUGCAGGAAUGAAGGAAGAACUUACCAGGUUGCAGUUACGAAUCAGUUGACGUUCAAUAGUUUAACGAAGAUGGUGAUAUUCACGCCUUUCUUCCUGAUCAUAAACGAGGCGCCCUUCGCUAUUCAAUACCAGGAGCUACAUAGAUCUGGCGAUCCCUGGAGAGAGGUUGAACAAAAGUCAAGUUCAGCGCUGUGGCCGGUGGUGGAGCGGGAGGACAAGCUGCUGUUGUUACGUGUAGCGGGCUCCGUCGAGCACGCCGCGCCCUUCCUGUACACAGAACAGCACACUGUCUGCCUCAAGCUUAACAACGAGUACGGUGGGCUGCACGUGGAGGUGCAGCUGAGCGAAGGCGGCACUUAUGUGACGGUGCGCCAGUACCGCGACGGCCACGCCCCCGCGCUACUCGUCAACUUCUCCCCCCACCCUAUCGUCGUCUACGAGCGCGAGAACGUUAACGUCAAAAAAAUACCACCUAUGCAUCGUAUGCUGUUCACGUGGGAUAAUCCAGCCGGGCCCCGCAUGCUGAUAUUCGAAGGCCACAAGAAGACUGAAAUAUACAACGAUCUUAGGAAAGACGGUAUUGGAGAAUUUAUGAUAAGCGAGACGGAGCGGAUGUCGUGGGUGUCGUUCCUGGACGGGCUGCAGCGCGUGGUGCUGUUGACUGGCGACGCGCUGCUGGCUGCGGGCGCGCACACGCUGGGCGAGGCGGAGCCGCUGCGCACCGAGCUCGUCCUCGCCAUGCACGGCCUCGGACUAUCCCUAGUUAAUGACAUGGAGGCACUAGAGAUCGUAUACGUCAGCAUAUCCAAUUCUGGAAUAAUCUGGGAGCAGUGCAAGCUGGGAGCUCGUCGCUACAAGAAGAUCGAAGGCCCGAAACUGCUUCAACUGGAAGAAGCCUACCAACGCUACAUCACUGAGAAGAUGGUCAGCGACGAACCGGUGCCGUGUAGAAUAUUAAUUGAUGAAAAAAUGGAAGUGGACUUCGAAGAGAUGCGCAUUCUGAAGCCGUCCCCGCGUCUUAUGCGGCGCACGCAGGAGCCGGGACUGUGGGCGAGCUUGGGCGUGACGGCGCACUCGAGGCGGCUGCACGCUCGCCUACACCGCCUGCAGGUGGACCAGCAGCUGCCACUGCCCACAUUCCCCGUGCUGCUCGCGCCCGUGCCUCCGCCCAAGUCCGUCGCUAACGACGACCCCAACGGUAUGAAGCCGUUCAUCGAGGUGUCUAUUGUGGAGCGCAUAAUGGAGCACAGCAAGGUGCGGCAAUACAAGUACUACAAGGUGCUCAUCCAAGAGUUCCACGUGAAGGUCGACAUGGGCCUCAUCAAUGCCCUCAUGGGCAUGUUCCCGCAGCGACUUCUCACCGAACAGGAGGCGCUGGACGCGUUCCAGCUGGACAUGGAGCGCGCGGGGCAGCCGCUGGAGGCGCUGGCAGCUCUCGGCGCCGCCUCCGACCUCAAGAACUUCUAUGACAACCUGCACUUGUCACCGCUUAAGGUCCACGUAUCAUUUUCCUUGGGCGGUGCAACGCAACUUCCUACAUUCGUAGGAACUUUACUACAAAGUAUCGGCGUCACCUUGACUGAUAUGAAUGACGUCGUCUUUAAGUUAUCAUAUUACGAGAGGAACUACGAGUUCCUAUCACAGAAGGAACUGAUCAGUCAAGUGCAGAGUCAUUACACGGGUCAGGCCCUCAAGCAGCUGUACGUGCUAGUACUAGGUCUAGACGUCAUCGGCAAUCCCUACGGCCUCGUUAUCGGACUCAAGAAAGGAGUCGAGGAUCUCUUCUAUGAACCGUUCCAAGGUGCAAUCCAAGGUCCGGGCGAGUUCGCGGAGGGUCUGAUGCUGGGCGUGCGGUCGCUGGUGGGGCACACGGUGGGCGGAGCGGCGGGCGCGGUGUCACGCAUCACCGGCGCCAUGGGACACGGCCUGGCCGCGCUCUCACUAGAUAAGGAUUACCAACGUCGCCGGCGCGAUAACAUCAACAAACCUCCAGCUAACUUGCAGGAAGGUUUGGCGAGGAGCGGGAAAGGACUUGUUAUGGGCGUAGUGGAUGGCGUGACGGGUGUGUUCACGAAGCCGUUCGAAGGCGCGCGGGAUCACGGCGUGGAGGGCUUCUUCAGAGGUCUGGGCAUGGGUGCCGUGGGCCUGGUGGCGCGCCCCACCGCUGGGGUCGUGGACUUCGCGUCCGGCUCACUGGACGCCGUCAAGAGGGCGGCUGAUCUGUCGGAGGAGGUGACGAAGCGGCGCGCGGCACGCUACUUGCCGCCCGACGCCGGCGUGCGACCCUACUCCCGUCUGCAGGCUGAGGGCUACAAGAUGCUCUCCGAACUGGAGAAGGGCAAGUUUGUGAGCACGGACACUUACGAGGCGCACGUGUGGGUGAUCGCGGGCAAGGAGGCGGUCAUGUGCACCGACAAGCGUCUGCUCUACCUUGAGCGAAACAACGUCUUCGGCGGCUGGCAGAUCGUAUGGACUUACCUCUGGACGGAGAUCCCCGAAGUCCCCACAGCGGUCAGCAAAGGAGUGUACAUACCAACAGCAAAGAAGAAAGUGUUGGGAAUGUUCUCGAGCUCCGGUUCAGGCAAAGUGAUAUUCCUGUACGACGAGCAGCAGAAGCGCUACCUGCUGGCGCAGUGCGAGCGGCUGAUGCGCGCGCCACGUUGACAUGAGGCCGUAGAAGGAAUGUCGCCACGCCCACCGCGCCCGCAGCGUACUCUGCGCCCCCUGGCCGACUUCUUUCUACUGCUGGACCGCACCACGCUGAUGCUCACGCUGCACGCACUCGCCUAUCACUUCAACCUGCACCACCUCAACCUGACCGGCUUCCGCUGAUUUAUCAGGCAAUGUACAAGGUAAUCAAAAUUUGUUAUCCCCGACUUCUUUUGUAUGGUGUGGGAGACCUAAUUUUAGUCUCUUUUCCCUUCCCACUCUUUACUUUAAAAAAAAGGGAAAGCGGAUGGGACGGAGGAGGGGACGCAUGGGGAGGGGAUACAUUUUCUUUCCGUGUUUCCCCUCCUCCGUCGAUUAUAGGUAGACUACGUAUCUGUAAAUGCGGAUCACUUCGUUCACGAGCAACGGUCGCUUCGCUAUUUCGGCGAAUCAAGCUGGUCGCUUUUUAAUUUGUCCUCCAAUCAUAUUUUAAAAAAAAAUGUGAAAAAUUGUAUACCAAAUACUUUAUGAUUUUUGAUUACCAUGUACAUUAAAUUUAUGCAUUUGUCUGAUUGUAUCUUGUGUAAUGGAUUAUAUAACCGUGUGCUAUAUUUUUUAUAUUUAACCUCAGCAACGUACAAAUGCAAAUGCUAUACUGCUACGAGAUACGAAUAAAGUGAGCUAAUUUACUUUGGAAUUAUAAUUCCAAACUACGGACCAUUAUAUUGUGUGAAACUGAUUGUAACCCUUUUUUGUCUCUUUGUAUCAGAAAACAAUUUACCUCUUAAUUUAAACUUAUUUUACUAUAUUCUAUGAUAUUUUCUAUAUUUAUUUAUGGUAUGAGUAAUGAACAGUAGGUAUGUAGGAUACCACGUGUCAAGUUACCAAUUGUGAUUACAGCCGAUAUGCAUUUAUACAGACAUAUUUAUAAUAUUUACAAGAUUUUGUAACGUUUUUUCUUAUUACGAUUUAGUCUUCCGUCUUUGUUUUUAAUGUUCUCUGUAUCGUUGUUAGUAAUUGCAAAGUUUGUUAAAUUAUCUCAAUUUAAUUUGAUUGUUUUGAAUAAAGAAAUUUAAAAUUGUUAAAAGUUAUUGUUGCUUACAUUUUAAUAUAUGUAAUUCUGUUUUAAGUUUGCUCGCUUGACUACUUUGGAUAUCAUAUAAAGAUAUUAUUUUUGUCAUAAUGCAAUUUAUAUGUAACCAGCAGAAAGAAUUUUCAAUACCAAACUUCUCUUAAAAGGAUGGUAUUGAGAAUUCGUUAAUUACAAAAUUUCCUUUCGUUUAAACGAUGCACAAAUGUUUCCAUAUCGAAGACUUAAUUGAUAUUAAUUAUUAAUUUGUAUGUGAAAAAUAAAGCUGUAAAAUUUGUUUGAAACCUUAGAGUACAAUAA